AUGCAUGGAGUUGCGAUUGGGAGUGGGAUCGAACCUCGAUGGAAGCAUGACGAAGUUUUCAUUGGCAAAAUGGAGAAGGGCGAGUCCAUAGAGAUCACCACCUGCUCUGAAGAUACUACCAAAGAGCAGCGCGAGAUCCUGCAGGAGCGCCAGCUCAUAAGCAAUCCACUGAAAGCAUGUCUGCGAUCCUGUGUCGACUCCCUGAAUGGUGUUGUGGAUGAUAGCGCCACGCCGAAGGCAAAGCCGAGGAGGCCGCGGAGAGAGCAGACCAUGCUGGACAAAAUGAGCAAGAUCGUGACGAUCCUCCAGUGGGUGCCAGAGCUCACCUUCCACAAGAUUCGUGCCGACCUCGUGGCUGGUCUGACGGUCGGUGUCAUGGUGAUUCCGCAGAGCAUGUCGUACGGAGCAAUCGCAGGGCUUCCAUACAUCAAUGGCAUGUACUCGGCUUGCGUGCCCACGCUCGUCUAUGCCUUGUUUGGCCAGAGCCGGCAGCUGGCCGUGGGUCCCGUGGCCAUGGUGUCGCUUCUCAUCGAAGCCGGCCUCAACGGAAGCCUCGGGCCGGAGUGCAAUGUUGCCGGCAAGGCACAGUACGAGGUGUGCACCAGCGAGUACGUUGGCCUUGCUUGCCUUGCAGCUGCGCUGGUCGGUGUGAUGCAGGUUGCGGCGAGCAUUCUGAAACUGGGUUUUCUGGUCACAUUUCUAGGCCACCCAGUCAUCAGUGGAUUUACCAGUGGCGCCGCCAUCAUCAUCGGCCUCAGCCAGCUGAAGUACAUGCUGGGCUACGACAUUCCGAAGUCCCAGUACAUUUACGACACAAUCAUCAACGUCGCCAUGAAUAUCCAGGAAACGAAGCCGAUGCCCCUGCUCUUGGGAGUUCUUUGGUUGGCCUACUUGAUCAGCAACAAGCAAAUUGCAGCAAGGUACCGACGGCUGAAGAUGCUGGCUCCCAUGGGCCCCUUAAUCAGUUGCGUCGCUGGAACCGUGCUGAUAUGGGCGUGGCCGGAUAUGAGCGAAAAGUACCACGUCAAGUACGUUGGGGAGAUUCCCUCGGGCUUGUUUCCAAUAAGUAUCGGCAGCUGGCAACUGGACAAGAUCCCCACCGUCGUCGGAACUGCAAUGUCUGCUUGCUUGAUCGGCUACAUGGAGUCCAUUGCCAUUGGGAAGAACUUGGCAGCUACCAAUGGCUACGAGAUCGAGGCCUGCCGAGUUGUCAUGGUGACAGUCCAGAAGCUUUUCUUUUUCUAUGACCGAAACUUCGUGCCACUGCGAGAUCAGAUGGUGGCCUCUCUGGAACAGAGUGGAGGGCUUGCAGACUUCACUUUGUGUGAGGAUGUGCUCGAUGACCUGAAAGGCAACAAUCGAGCCGGUGGUGGCAUGCCGACGUAUUUGUACAAGUCGGCCAAGAUCGGCAAAGCCCUGAAUGAUGUGGACGCUGAUGAAAUCUUCCUGUUCACAGACGUUGAUGUGCAGUACUUUCAGCCGGUGCAUGAAAUUGUCAGGGAAUGUAUGGCAGAUGGUACCGACAUAGUCUUUCAGCAGGAGUUCGAAGACAUUGGAGUAAACAUCGGUUUCAUGGCCAUGCGGAAAAGUGCAGCAUGUCAGGCGUUUUGGGAGUUUGUGCAUGCUGAGAUCAGCCGCACCCAAGCGCUGGACCAGAGGGUUGUGAACAACAGCCUCUAUUCCGGGCAUGCAGCCGAGACUUUCGGUCUGCGAUGGAAGAGAUGGCCCAGCAGCAUCUGGGCCUCGUCUAUGGCCUUCUCCGGUCCACUUCCGCAGCAGCUGGUGGUCCACCACGCCAACUUCCUCAUCGAAAAGGCCCCGGCAGCUGAUCCGACAUCCAAGGUGGCUCAGCUGAUGCAGCUGCGUCAAGCCACGCUAGGAGACGACAAGGAAGCUCAGGCAGCGUGGGCGGAGUUCAUGCAGGGAGCGAGGACUUGCCCGGCCAUGCUGGACUACCGCAGCCGGCACUUCGGGGAGCGUCGCCCUGGACCGGAGUGGUCCACGCUGCCAGAGAACCACAUCGCUCGGCUCGGUGGCUACAGCGAGAGGGCAGCGAAAAGGGCCGCAGCUGUGGUCAAAGGAGCAGGAGCCCCCUGUGAUUCUGACGCUGCCCGAAUCGCAGGCCAGGAAAUGCUUGCUCUGGGAAUCUCCAAUGUUGUUGGUGCAGCUUUCUCCUGCUACCCCGUCACUGGCAGUUUCUCCCGCUCUGCCGUGAACAAUUCCACAGGAGCUCAAACUCAGCUCUCCGGCGUCAUCACAGCGAUUGUCAUGCUCUGCACCUUGUUGUUUCUUACCCCGUUGUUCUACUACCUGCCCAAGUUUGCUUUGGCCGCCAUUGUCAUGAACUCGGUGAUUCCCCUGGUCGCCUUGGGGGAGGCGAAGCACCUCUUUCACGUCAAGAAGCAUGACUUUCUGCUCUGGGUCACUGCGUUUCUGGGCACGCUGUUCCUGGGCGUUCUCAUGGGAAUCAUGGUCGCAGUUGGCCUGUCCCUGAUCAUUGUCAUCUACGAGUCCGCAAGACCACAAAUUACCAUUUUGUGGCGGAUACCUGGGACCUCCAUCUAUCGGAACAUGAAGCAGGAGAGCAGUGGAACCUUUAUUCAAAACGUGUUCAUCGCACGGAUCGGUUCAUCUCUGUACUUUGCCAAUGCUUCAUUCGUGAAGGACAUGUUGCUGGCACACGUCAGUGACCUGGAUAUUGUGAACAAGACCGAGUACAUAGUCUUGGAAAUGACGCCAGUGAUCAGUGUGGACUCCUCUGCAUGCCAUGUCAUCAAGGAUGUGGUCAACGACUUCCGCAUGAGGAACAUGCAGGUGGCUUUUGCCAUGGUAGGCAAUCGGGUCGACAAGACUCUUCGCAAGGCGGGCCUGAAGAAGUUCAUCGGUGACCAGUGGUUCUUUCCCACCGUGGAGGAGGCUGUGCAGUACUGCGUGAAGCAUCAACAUGCCCGGCGAGUGCAGGAUGAGAGGUCGAGCCGUGCCGCCUCUGGAAUGCUGACCGAGGAAGAGAAGCUGGGCACCGCUGGCCCGAUCGACAUUUCAACUAUCCAAGUGCAUACCGGAAAUGAGAUCGGCUUUAGCAACGACCUCCAUUCAAGCUGUACUAUGGUGUUCAUUAGCUUGGUCAAAGACGUCCCAAUGAUCAUGAGUGAAAUUGCGAAUGUCUUCAAGAAGAACCAGGUGAGUAUCAUCCGAGCCCAGAUAGAUCCGUCGAAUGAUGAAAGCGGUGCGAAGCACAUUUAUUUCGUCCGCAGCAUCAGGACGGACAACAAAUUGACCGUCUUAGAGAUCAGCAGGAUCCGAGAGGACCUCGAGGUGGUUUUGAGGAGGCACCAGCUGAUCAAUUCGAAGGCCAGUGGUGAAACCUUCGAAGUCAUCUCCCCUAGUCACGGCGGCUCCAUCAGCAAUGAGGAUGUACAUGUGCAGCACAGUGCAGGGACUGACCGGCUCUCCAGACUGGAAGAGGCUCAAAGCAGCCAUUUCUGCCGCAAAGAUGUUGAGCUUGGGAUGCUCGCGUGGUCUCGCGCCGUGUCCAGUCCGCUGGAAGGGAGCUCAUUUUCCUCCGAGACGGGCAGAGGCCACGCAGAGACCGCACCGAGCUACCCUCUCCGUGCUGGCCGCUGCUGCAGUGCCAGUGCACCACUCACUGCCCUUUGCGCUUGUGAGCUGCUUGCGCGGGCCUUUGGUUGUCCUUGCCUGCACUAG